AGUACCUCCACCACUACCUAUGCUCACUUAUUUUUGCCAUUAUCGGCCUGGCCUUCAUUAUUGACCAAAGCACAUUCCUUUGUCUUCUCUUCCUAUCUAUCUCCUUUUUAUCUUUUAUCUACUUCUCCCCUAUUACGUACGGCCAUCUUGGCCCAAUCGAAACCAUCCCCGGCAAAUCAAUCUUCACCAAGUGGAACUUGUACACCGAAUAA